AUGACAGCGAAGGAAGCAAGAGACGACCUGGUGCUGGAGUUCCAGGACACGCUUGUAUCAGCGAACAUACCAACUGAAAAGAUUGAUCAUCCAAAGCUGCGAAACUUCUUGAAAACGCGUGUCGCAAACGGGGGCUCCGUCCUGUUGUCCAUCCCUUUGCGGAAAAGACUUCCAGAGUUGUUCAGGUACCAGUUGGCCCUAAAAGGAUAUGUUCAAAGGCGCCACAGUUUCAGUGGAAUGAGCCUCGAGCAGGAUCCCGACAUGCUGCUACCGCAGGCGACCCCGUCGCGGGACCACGUGGCAGAGAAGGGUCCCGCAGCACGAGCGCUGCCAGCCACGUGCAAAAGGACGAAAACGACGACGACGGCUUCGUCACCGUCGUGUUACAAGAAGUCAAGAAAGGCCGGCAUCCCAGUGGUCUUCGCUCCCGUGGACCCCCAGGUAAGUCUUCUUAACACUGACCCCAAUCUUAUUGCUGCCCAGAUCCUAAAAUCCACCCAAAAGCGUGUGAGGAACCACCGUUUCUCGAAGAACGGAAGCCUGACGGUGACGGUCGCCUCGCUCCAAGCUGCCAAGGCCCUGCUCGGCGUCACGUGCCUCGGAAACAACGCCGUCACCACCCAGAUCCCGGAGUCCUAUGCCAGGAACGUGGAAAAGAUCGUCGGUGUCAACUCCAGCUGCACGGAUCCCCAGUGCUGGAAUACCUGCGGCCCAACCAGGACCCAGACAACGAGCAGCGUCGUCGUCACCUUCAAGAGCGACAUCGCCAUGCCCGAGGAAAUGCCGCUGGGCUUCAACAAGUUCAAGGUAAGCGAGUACUUCUCACCCACCCAGUGUUAUCGUUGCCAGGGCUUCGGGCACGUCGCCAAGUACUACCGUCGGUCGGAGCGCUGCCGUGCCUGCGCCGGGAGCCACGCUUUCAAGGACUGCACGACGCGGAAGGAGCAACGGUGCGCCAACUGCGGAGGACCACACCCAACCAGCUUUGGAGGAUGCCCCAAGAGGAAGGUCGCCAUCGCAGCUGUGAAGACCGACGCCUGCGAGGUCCCCUCGUCCCAUAGCGGCCGCAUCAACCCUGCUGUCGUGAAGCCAACGCGCCCAGCACCCGUCCGCAGCGCCGACGCCUUCUUAGCACUGCCGAAGCCAGCGGCCCCUGCCAAGAAGCCCGCAGGAGCGAAACCGGUCUCAGGUAAGUGUUCUGACACUAAUGCUACCCCCAGUGUUUGGGAUCUGCCCAGGGACCCUGCCCCGACCAAGAGACAGCCGCCGCCCGCCGCCGACAGAGCAAAGAGGACGACGCCGGCCCCUCCCAAGCCUGCUGUACAGGAAGCUGCUGCCAAGCCGGAACCUGCACCUCCCCAGGGCACCCAGCUGGUGAUGAUGUUGGUCCCCCUGCUCAUCACAGCCUUCCAUGCCAUGCUGGCUGCCAUCCCAGCUGCCAGCAACAUCCCAGAAGUCCAAGCCUUCAAGGUAAUGGAACCAAUGCUUGCCAGUCUGCUUUCUAUACUUUCAGUUAUGGACAGUAAGCCCCACCGAAGUCAGCAACCCCCUGCACCGGCCUUCCCACGUGUCCUGCAAUGGAACUGCGCCGGACUACGACCCAGGCUGGCCGAGCUCAAGCAACGCCUCACUAAGACCAGCUGCAGCUCAUCUGCUUCCAGGAAUGCAACAUCCCGGACACGAUGGGGCUACCAGGCUUCAUCAUGUACACCUCUCCCAGCAUACCACACUUUGGUCACGGCUGCACGGCGGUCUUCGUCGCAAGGCUCCUGGCACAAACUCAGCUGCCCACAGACCAGCUGUCGUCGGCCGUGGUCGAGGUCACAGCUGCAAAGCUCAACGAUUACGGUGGACCGGAUACCUGACGACUUCCAACAGCAAGUGCAGUCCUCCCUGCCAGGCCCUCUGUGGAGACCUCAACGCGCACCAUCCGCUCUGGGGUUCCUGCGACGCUGACCGCCGUGGCCG